AUGGAAACAGACCCACCUCUCUGCAUUGCCUCAUCUGAUCCCAGCUGCUCCUCAGGUGAGCUGGAGGAUGAAGACGACAGCAGCUGUCGGGUGUCUGAGAACGAUGACCCGGUGCUUCUGUUUGAGUAUCACAUCCUGUAUUCCUGCAGCUAUGCUGCUCCUGUGCUCUAUUUCAGAGUGUUCACUUUGGAGGGAAGGAGCCUGACAUUAGAAGAGGUGUGGAGCUGUGUCCACCCAAGCUUCAGGCUUCAUCUGCAAAGCUGUCCGUUGGAUGCAAUAAGUCAGCAGGAGCAUCCUCUUCUGGGUCAACCUUUCUUUGUCCUCCACCCCUGUAGAACAAAGGACUUCAUGCGGCCCAUGCUGCAAGCGGCUCAGGACCAGCACAGGUAGGGUUCUGGCUGGGUCCAGAGACACACAGUGACAGAGGAAAUGACUGCUCUGAGCA